UCGAAUCAAUACUACUAAUAAUAUAAAUUAAAAAUUAUGGAAGUGAUCCCGAUAACUCCGCAAAUGCUACGUACAGCCAUAAAAGAAUUACAAAAACGUCAAUUGUUUGUUAAAUUAAAAAAUUUAAAAGAUCAUAUACAGAGACAUUAUCCAGUUGAAACCGAUUUAGAAACUCUCGAGCAAGAAUUACAAGAAAAACUGAAAUAUGCUGUUUGCGUUGGACUGAUCGCUAAAUGUGGAGAUGACCAAUAUUAUAUACCAACUUUACGAGAAGAGGCUAAUGCUUUUAAAACAGCGAUCAGCGCAUUCUGGGAAAUGAACAAAAAUAACAUCAAGAAAAAGAAAAAAUCAGAUACCAAAAGAUCGCUACCAUAUCAGAAACAAAACAAGUAUAUAAAUUCCUUUAAGAAUGAUGAAACUAAUAGCAGCGAGGAUUCAGAUUUUUUCUAA